AUGGCGGCGUGUGGACGUGUACGGAGAAUGUUCCGCUUGGCGGCGGCGCUGCAGCUGCUGCUGCUCGCGGCGGCUGGGGCCGAGAAACCCCCGAGCCAGGGCGGCCACAUCCAGGGCCAGGGCCCGGGGGCCAACUUCAUGCCCUUCGUAGGGCAGGCUGGAGGCGGCGGACCGGCGGGUCAGCAGCUGUUCCAGCUGCCUCAGUCUUCCCAGCUCCAGCAGCAGCAGCAGCAGCAGCAGCAACAGCAGCAACAGCAGCAGCAGCAGCAGCAGCAGCAGCAGCAGCAGCAGCAGCAGCAACCACCUCAGCCGCCGCAGCCGCCUUUCCCGGCGGGUGGGCCUCCGGCCCGGCGAGGUGGAGCGGGGCCUGGCGGCGCUGGAGGAGGCUGGAAGCUGGCGGAGGAAGAGUCCUGCAGGGAGGACGUGACCCGUGUGUGUCCCAAACACACCUGGAGCAACAACCUAGCGGUGCUCGAGUGCCUGCAGGACGUGAGGGAGCCUGAAAAUGAAAUUUCUUCAGAUUGUAAUCAUUUGUUGUGGAAUUAUAAGCUGAACCUAACUACAGACCCCAAAUUUGAAUCUGUGGCCCGAGAAGUUUGCAAAUCUACCAUAUCAGAGAUUAAAGAAUGUGCUGAUGAACCAGUAGGAAAAGGUUACUUGGUUUCCUGCUUGGUGGAUCAUCGAGGUAACAUCACUGAGUACCAGUGUCACCAAUAUAUCACCAAGAUGACGGCCAUCAUUUUCAGUGAUUACCGUCUAAUCUGUGGCUUCAUGGAUGACUGCAAAAAUGAUAUCAACAUUCUGAAAUGUGGCAGCAUUCGGCUUGGAGAAAAGGGUGCACAUUCACAAGGUGAAGUGGUAUCAUGUUUGGAGAAAGGCCUGGUGAAGGAAGCAGAAGAAAGAGAUCCCAAGAUUCAAGUCUCUGAACUCUGCAAGAAAGCCAUUCUCCGGGUGGCUGAGCUGUCCUCAGAUGACUUUCAUUUAGACCGGCAUUUAUAUUUUGCUUGCCGAGAUGAUCGGGAGCGUUUUUGUGAAAAUACACAAGCCGGUGAAGGCAGAGUAUAUAAGUGCCUCUUCAACCAUAAAUUUGAAGAAUCCAUGAGUGAAAAGUGUCGAGAAGCACUGACGACCCGCCAAAAGCUGAUUGCACAAGAUUAUAAGGUCAGUUAUUCAUUGGCCAAGUCCUGUAAGAGUGACUUAAAAAAAUACCGGUGCAAUGUGGAAAACCUUCCCCGGUCCCGAGAAGCCAGACUGUCCUACCUUCUGAUGUGUCUGGAGUCAGCUGUGCAUAGAGGACGACAAGUGAGCAGUGAGUGCCAGGGGGAGAUGUUAGAUUACCGACGCAUGUUGAUGGAAGACUUUUCUUUGAGCCCUGAGAUCAUCCUGAGCUGUCGCGGAGAGAUUGAACACCACUGUUCUGGAUUACAUCGUAAAGGACGAACCCUACAUUGUCUGAUGAAAGUAGUUCGAGGGGAGAAAGGGAACCUUGGAAUGAACUGCCAGCAGGCGCUUCAAACACUGAUUCAGGAGACUGACCCUGGUGCAGAUUACCGCAUUGACAGAGCUUUGAAUGAAGCUUGUGAAUCUGUAAUACAGACUGCCUGCAAACACAUAAGAUCGGGAGACCCAAUGAUCCUCUCAUGCCUAAUGGAACAUUUAUACACAGAGAAAAUGGUAGAAGACUGUGAACACCGUCUGUUAGAGCUACAGUAUUUCAUCUCCCGAGAUUGGAAGCUGGACCCUGUCUUAUACCGCAAGUGCCAGGGAGAUGCAUCUCGUCUUUGCCACACCCAUGGCUGGAAUGAAACCAGUGAACUUAUGCCUCCUGGAGCUGUGUUCUCUUGCUUGUACAGACAUGCCUACCGCACUGAGGAACAGGGCAGGAGGCUCUCACGGGAGUGUCGAGCCGAAGUCCAAAGGAUCCUACAUCAGCGUGCCAUGGAUGUUAAGCUGGAUCCUGCGCUCCAGGAUAAGUGCCUAAUUGAUCUGGGCAAAUGGUGCAGUGAAAAAACAGAGACUGGACAGGAACUUGAGUGCCUCCAGGAUCAUCUUGAUGACUUGGCUGCAGAAUGCAGAGAAAUAGUCGGCAACCUCACCGAGUUAGAAUCUGAGGACAUUCAAAUAGAAGCCUUGCUGAUGAGAGCCUGUGAGCCCAUAAUUCAGAACUUUUGCCACGAUGUAGCAGAUAACCAGAUAGACUCUGGGGACCUGAUGGAGUGUCUGAUACAAAACAAACACCAGAAGGACAUGAAUGAGAAGUGCGCCAUUGGAGUCACCCAUUUCCAGCUGGUGCAGAUGAAGGAUUUUCGGUUUUCUUACAAGUUUAAAAUGGCCUGCAAAGAGGACGUGCUGAAACUUUGCCCCAACAUAAAGAAGAAGGUGGACGUGGUGAUCUGUCUGAGCACCACCGUGCGCAAUGACACUCUACAGGAAGCCAAAGAACACAGGGUGUCCCUGAAGUGCCGCAAGCAACUGCGGGUGGAGGAGCUGGAGAUGACAGAGGACAUUCGUCUGGAACCAGAUCUGUAUGAAGCUUGCAAGAGUGACAUCAAGAACUACUGUUCCACAGUGCAAUAUGGCAAUGCCCAGAUUAUUGAAUGUCUAAAAGAAAACAAGAAGCAGCUAAAUACCCGUUGCCACCAGAAAGUUUUCAAGCUUCAGGAGACAGAGAUGAUGGACCCUGAACUAGAUUAUACGCUCAUGAGAGUCUGCAAGCAGAUGAUAAAGAGAUUCUGUCCAGAAGCAGAUUCCAAAACCAUGUUGCAGUGCUUGAAACAAAAUAAAAACAGUGAAUUGAUGGAUCCAAAAUGCAAACAGAUGAUAACCAAGCGACAGAUCACCCAGAACACAGAUUACCGCUUAAACCCCGUGUUAAGGAAAGCCUGUAAAGCUGACAUCCCUAAAUUCUGUCAUGGUAUCCUGACUAAGGCCAAGGAGGAUUCAGAGCUGGAAGGUCAAGUCAUCUCUUGCCUCAAGCUGAGAUAUGCUGACCAGCGCCUUUCUUCAGACUGCGAAGACCAGAUCCGGAUUAUUAUUCAGGAGUCUGCUCUAGAUUACCGACUUGAUCCUCAGCUCCAGCUACACUGCUCAGAUGAGAUCUCUAGUCUGUGUGCAGAGGAAGCAGCAGCCCAGGAGCAGACAGGUCAGGUGGAGGAGUGCCUCAAAGUCAACCUGCUCAAAAUCAAGACAGAAAUGUGUAAAAAGGAAGUGUUAAACAUGCUGAAAGAAAGCAAAGCAGAUAUCUUUGUGGAUCCAGUUCUUCAUACAGCUUGCGCCCUGGACAUUAAACACCACUGUGCAGCCAUUACCCCUGGCCGAGGGCGUCAAAUGUCCUGCCUCAUGGAGGCCCUGGAGGAUAAACGGGUGAGGUUACAACCUGAAUGCAAAAAACGCCUCAAUGAUCGGAUUGAAAUGUGGAGUUAUGCAGCAAAGGUGGCCCCAGCAGAUGGCUUCUCUGACCUCGCCAUGCAAGUGAUGACAUCCCCAUCAAAGAACUACAUUCUCUCUGUGAUCAGUGGGAGCAUCUGUAUAUUGUUCCUGAUUGGCCUGAUGUGUGGACGUAUCACCAAACGAGUGACACGAGAGCUCAAGGACAGCACCUUUGGGCCAUGUCAGGGCCAUGGACUUCACCAAGUGGUGGGAAACCACUAACCAGCCAACUUUGGAUCCUGUUUUCUUCUGCUGAAGCAGUGAUGCCUUCCAGUUUCCACCCUAACAGCCACUGGUGGUCAAGACCCUCAAGGCCAUAUGUGUUUCUAUGAUCCCCUUACCUCAGUGAAGUAAAGCAUGAGCCUCCCUAGGCCAAAGGCAAAUGGAUUGGGGAGAGGAUCAAAAAUCUGUGAUGCUGAUCUACACUGAGAGGCUGGACCCUGAGUCCCCAGGCAGCAGAAUCCCAGUGAUCUCCUCCAGGCUAGUGCAGGACUCUUUUACAUUGGUAUUGCUGGCGUAGCAGUUGCUCCAGAAGUCCUGCCAGGAAGCAGUGAUUGUGGGGAAGGGGGCUCAACCGGAAGGAGGAGCAAGGGAUUGGUUCACUUUGCUUUAUUUUCCAGACAACAAUUCAGGUCAGAGACAAUGGCUUAUAAAGAUUUAGCAUGGUCUCAGGGUGUGACUGGCAGUCCAACCUGAGCUUUUUGCAGGCUCAAGGCCACCUUCCCAGACAAGAUCUUUCUGCCUCUACAUGGAGAGGGUGUGGAGCAUUAUUACAGUAAAAGAUGGAGGCUUUCUCCGGUUCUUUUUUUGAUUUGUUUAUUUGCUCUGUACACCCACUAUAGUAGGCAUUGGCUAAAUGUUGUACUUUUCAGAAUCUGAGUUUAAUGGAAGCAUAUUCCUGGCCAUCCUCCCUCACCCUACCAGUGUAGAGGUGACAGGUAUGGAGUGUCCAGGGGGAGGAGUGCAGGCGUCACGGCUCUACCUGGCACAGCUUGGCUGGAGUUUGGAGCAUGGAGUCACAGUGGCUGCAUAAGAGGGCGACAUGUACAGUAGGAGAUAUAUUUAUAUAAUAUAUAUUUUAUUAACCUGUUAGACGUCCACAAAGUAUUAUAAAUCAUGUGCCUAAAACUGUCUACAUAGACCAUGGCGCCCGUCCUCCCCUGCCCCUCCUUUGCCUCUGUCCAUGUGUGCCGCGGACCUACACAACAUUUGUCUUCCCUGAAAUGUGUUCAGUACACAGUGGGUCAGUUUGUGGAUCAGUUGAUCCAAAUACUCCUUGUCUAACCUGACUGACAUAUAUUUGAUACUGUGGUUUUCUUCUUUUUUUUUUUUUUUCAUUCCUCCUUGCUACCCCUCCUAGAGGCAGUGGGUUCCGAAAGCCAGUUGUCUAUUCCCCCUGCCUAGGGUAAUACAAGUCACCAAGGGGAGCCACUAAGCUGCUUGUUUCCCUCAGCUCUUAGGGUCUUCCAGAUUCUCAGCAACUGUUGUAAGAUUCUUCAGUCUCAUAAAACUUGAAACUCUUGGAGCCUGAGCACCCCCUACCACCACCACUGCUGGACUGGAUUGAGCUGGCCCAGACAGCUCACUCCCAAGGGUUCCCAUGUGAUGGUGGGGGCUGCUGAGGCUUGGGAUCCAGAAGUGGGGAUGUCUUCUAAAUGCAGGCCCCCAUUGAUGUGUCUGGUGUGGUUUACAGGAUAGGAGUAAUGUCCACUAUUUGGAGGGGCUGGUACCAUUCCCUUCUCUGCAGUCUCCCUCCCAAUACAUGUAAAACAUCUUCAUAAUUUAAUGUGUCUCAAUAUUUCUGUUCUUUCUGAGCUGAGUUGAUCUCAUUCAUUGUCUGCAGCAGAUCUGGAAGUUUGAGGAGUUGGAUUCUUGGAACUUUUGUCACCUUUAGAAAUGGUCAGAAUAGAAGGGAUAACUCUGCCUGUAUCUUCAACUGCUUGUUGUAAGAAAGCAUUUCCCCAUGCUACUUGGAAUAGUUUUAUAUGACUGGUUCGUGAGACUCCAAGCAGUACCCUGAGCAGCUGUCUGUGCCCAGCACCAUCUGAACCUGUGGCCCACUAUAUCUGCUCUGUACUGCAUUUGGUAUAACAAGACAGAUUCUGGGGCACCUGUGGUUAUCAGCCUCAUGGUUCAGUCAUGAGUCAAUUAACUAGUCAAGAAGAAGAAACCAUGGCCCAGUGGAGGAGCUGAUGACUGACCAUGGCAUUUACCUCUUCUGAUGUCUAGCCCAUAAACAGUAACAUAAGCAGCAGGUGGGGCUUUUUUUUUUUUUUUUUUUUUUUGCCAAGGCCAAGGCACCUGGUAGUUGCUGAAAAAGUAAAUCCACUGGCCUUAUUCGCUCCCUCCAGUGUCUCAGGAACUCAUACUUAGUGUGCUCCACCACAUUCCAGAGACACCAGGAGGUCAUUCUGUGCUGGAGGCACUGUGUACAGGAAAUCAGAAAUCUGGGCAAAAUGUUGAGAACAAGACUAACUGCUCCCUGUACUGGAGCAUCUCCCACAGAGGGUGGCUCUGGGAGUGAGACUUUACCCUGGUGUGUCCCUGGCCCUCCUCUGCCAUUGCUGCUGUCCCAAGAUGCACCAAGAUGGGAGCCCUAGCAAAGGCUUGGGUGCUCUGCAUUGCCUGGAGGCCCUCUGCCGACACUCCCAGUCCCAGUUCUGUGGGUCCAGUCAGCUUAUUCUGAGCCAGUGCAUCCUUAGAAGCUAGGGGAAUUCUAGUAUCUAGUGAACAGGUGUUGACUUGAAUUCACAUUGCAGGCCUUCGGCGAUCUCACAUCCUGCACUUACUCCUCUGGGGGACAGAGAGCAGUUCUGCUGUUGGGGAGAGAAAGAGAUUCUGCUUUCCUAGAAGAUGCGACAGAAAAUUACU